AUGGACUUGUCAGGGAAUAGGCUUUCUGGUGCCAUACCAAGUUCGAUUCGAAGUUGCAUAUCUUUGGUGUAUUUGAACCUGUCCAACAACAUGCUUGAAGGUACAAUCCCGGAGGACUUGAAACUGAUCACUUAUCUUUCAGUGCUGGACUUGGCUCAUAAUCAAUUAACUGGUAAAGUUCCAGGAGAAGUUCCAAAUACUAGAAGGUUCAAUAGAAGCUCAUUCAUGGGGUUGUGUGGUGACCCUGAACAACUUGGUCUUCCUCCCUGUGAAGUUCAGAAGCAAAAGCAGCGGAGAAACAAAAGUUCCUAUGUGAUUGCAAUUGCUGUAAGCUGUACUUUAUUGUUUUUGGUGCUGGUAGCUGUCUUUAUUUUCUGCUGCUGCUGCUGCUUCAGGAAAGAAGCUACUAACUUAUCACAUUCAAUAGUAUUGGCUUUCCCCAUCAACCAUGGAAACCAAACUUUUACACAAAGGGAACUUGAAAUUGCAACAGAUGGGUUCAGUGAGGAGAACUUGCUGGGAAGGGGUAGCUUUGGAUCAGUUUAUAAAGCAAUCAUGGACAAGGGAAAAUCUGUCUUGGCAGUGAAGGUUUUAGAUGGAGAGUCGGUUCAGAGUUACAAAAUAUGCAAAAGGGAGUGUCAGAUAAUAUCUGGAAUCAAGCACCGCAAUCUGGUUAGAUUGCUUGGAUCAGCUUGGAGUUCACAAUUCAAGGCUAUAGUGCUGGAGUAUGUGGGAAAUGGGAACUUGGAACAGCAUCUUUAUCCCCACGGAUUGGAGAUAGACAGUUGUGAAUUGAAACUGCGUUGCAGACUGGGAAUAGCGUUGGAUAUUGCACAUGGAUUGCAGUAUCUGCAUGAGGAUUGUCUAGCUCAGGUUGUGCAUUUUGAUCUGAAGCCACAAAACGUCCUUCUCGACAAUGAUAUGGUGGCUCAUGUAGCAGAUUUUGGCAUAGGAAAGCUUAUCUUAGCUGACAAACAAAAAGAAUACGUUAGCACAACAUGUGUCAUACGAGGAACAGUAGGUUAUAUAGCCCCAGCCCGCCAGGGCAUUGAAGUUUCAACAAGAGGGGAUGUAUACAGUUAUGGUAUCAUGCUGCUAGAGAUGAUGACUCGAAAGAAGCCCACAAGUGAGUUGUUUUCAGAUGGCCUGGAUCUAAGGAAAUGGGUGGCCUCUGCAUUUCCUAACAGUAUAAUGGAUGUUCUGGACACCUCAUUAAAGCAGGAGGCAAGUUCAGGGGCAGGCUCAAGUAGUGAUGCACAAAGGCUUGAGCACUGCUGCUCCCAGAUCAUAGACACAAGGUUGAUGUGUACAGAAGAGAAUCCACAUAAAAGACCACCUAUGUCUUUGGUCGUACAAAGGUUGAAGAAGUUAUGGAAGGAACAAAGAUAUGAAAGACAAAGGGUGUAA